CCUCCAUCUCCCUCUACUUGUCCCUUUCUUCCUUUAUUAUAUUCUGCCCUUGUCUUGUCCACAUCCAUCAUGGCUUCCGCUGCUCGAUCCGCAUCACGCGCCUUCUUGCGCUCUUCCCUCAGACCAGCUGUCCGCAGCUCCCGGUUUGCUCUUCCUACUCAAGGCCUCCGCGUUGCUUCUCGCCGUGGAUACUCUUCCGAGGCGAGCUCCGGGAAGUCUUCUAACACCCUCCUGUGGGCCGGUGUUGCUCUCGCAGGUGGUGCCGGUGCAUACUUCUACCUCCAGGGCGGCGAUGUUGGCGCUAGCACCAAGGUCUUCACUCCUACAAAGGAAGACUACCAGAAGGUGUAUAAUGCCAUUGCCGAGCGUCUCGCCAACGAAACCGACUACGAUGAUGGCAGCUAUGGACCUGUCCUUGUCCGUCUAGCCUGGCACGCAAGCGGCACCUACGACGCAGAAACCGGUACUGGUGGCAGCAACGGCGCGACCAUGCGUUUCGCCCCCGAGUCUGACCACGGCGCCAACGCCGGUCUCAAGUACGCCCGUGACUUCCUCGAGCCCAUCAAGGCCAAAUUCCCCUGGAUCACCUACUCCGACUUGUGGACACUUGCGGGAGCCUGCGCGAUCCAGGAACUCGGCGGCCCAGACAUCCCCUGGCGCCCUGGCCGCCAGGACAAGGACGUUUCUGGCUGCACACCUGACGGCCGUCUUCCUGACGCGACCAAGAACCAAGACCACAUCCGUGCCAUUUUCGGACGCAUGGGUUUCGAUGACCGCGAGAUGGUUGCUUUGAUCGGUGCACACGCUCUUGGUCGUGCUCACACGGACCGCUCUGGUUUCGAUGGACCCUGGAACUUCAGCCCUACCGUCUUCACAAACGAGUUUUUCCGCCUGUUGGUUGAGGAGAAGUGGCAGCCGCGGAAGUGGAACGGCCCCAAGCAGUUCACUGAUAACACAACCAAGACACUGAUGAUGUUCCCGACUGACCUGGCACUUGUCCAGGACAAGGGGUUCAGGAAGCAUGUUGAGCGGUAUGCUAAGGACAGCGACGCCUUCUUCAAGGAGUUCUCUGAGGUCUUUGUCAAGCUGCUUGAGCUUGGUGUGCCUUUCAACAGCAAGGUUGAGGACCGAUAUGUCUUCAAGAGGUCUGAGUAAGGUGCUUCUACUCAGCGACAGGAUUAUUUGUUAGUGUGUUCAGCUGGGGUUCUUUCGCAUACCCCCUUUUCUGCUUUUCUAUGUCAAGAUAUCCCGACUUUUUUCUGCCACUCGUCAUAUUGGGAUGUUUCUGGCUAUCUCUGCCGAUUUGCUAUUACUAGAUUGUACCACUAUCGGAUAGAUUCUUGAGUAGAGGUGCAAUACACGAAGAGUUUCACGUUAC